GACUUGACUUUUCAUCAUUUACGAAAAUGGCGGAAUUUUUAAGCGCCUGAUUACUGGGAAAACAGAGAUCGACAUCACUGAAGCAGAUUCUGAAAAAAUGGAAGAUGAUGCCUGUCAGGGACUGCAUAAUUUGUCUCUAAGUGAAGAGAGUACACUUGCACAAUGUAUACAGGAAAAAUACUCCAGGCUGAUUCUACAGUCUAAAGAACUGGUGUCACAAGGAAAUGUUGAAGAGGCUCUGAAAUGUAAUCAAACAGCCUACAAGCUGUGUCCCUCUGAAAAACUUCAAAGAAAGAUUCAGCGUAUGCAGGCAUACCUGAAGGAAAAUUCCAAGGAAGUUGAUGGAAAUGAUGAAGUUAAUGGGAAUGAUGAAGUUAAUGGGGUGAGCAAGACUUCAUAUGCCAACCGAGAUGUAGCAGCAUCUUCUAGUUCAUCACUAAAGGUGUCGUCAUCCUCUCUGUCCCAGACAGGCCCAACUAUAUCCCCCCCAUCAGUCCAGAGCCUGGCAGAGGAGGACCAGGUGAGGUAUACCAUGUUGAUAUCAGAGGCCAGGCAGAUGGUGGAGGAAACAAAAAUCCCAGAAGCUCUUCAUCUGAACAGAAAGGCACUGAAGAUUCUCUAUAGUGACAAGCUGGAACGCAAAAUUCAGCGCAUGGAGUUGUACAUCCAACAGAAUAACCUAUCUGAAGUUUUAGACAGUUUAGAGAAACCCAAGACUGGGACAAAUUCAGGUGAAAAAUGUAGUGUAGGAUCCAUAUCUUCAACAUCAUGUGCUGAAGCUUUGGUAGAUGAGGACGACCAGUCAAAGUUUGCCAGGCUGGUAUCAGAAGCUAAAGACUUCACCAUUAAAGGUCAAGUGAAGGAGGCGCUGGAACUGUACAAAGAGGCAGCUAAGAUUUGUCCUAGUGACAGACUUAGUCGGAAAAUGGAGGAGUAUCUGAGACAAAAUUCUGCAAAUAAUCAUCCGGAAAUCUCAAACGUGGCAGAAAAAAAGGAUGAAGACAUGGAAGCAACUGUACCACCCUCAUCCCAAGCAGACACAGUCAUUCCAGAUAAGUCAGAGGAGAACCAGUACACAAAGCUGGCAACUGCUCCGCCCUCUUCCCAAGCAGACACGGUCGUUCCAGAUAAGCUGGCAACUGCUCCACCCUCUUCCCAAGCAGACACAGUUGCUCCAGAUAAGUCAGAGGAGAACCAGUACACAAAGCUGGCAACUGCUCCGCCCUCUUCCCAAGCAGACACGGUUGCUCCAGAUAAGCUGGCAACUGCUCCGCCCUCUUCCCAAGCAGACACAGUUGCUCCAGAUAAGUCAGAGGAGAACCAGUACACAAAGCUGGUAUCUAGAGCUAAGGAUCUCACCGAAGACGGACAUGUAAAGGAAGCACUGAGUCUGUACAGACUGGCUGCUGAAAUCAAACCAAAUGACAAACUUCAUCGUAAAAUGAAAAGAAUGGAGGACUAUUUGAGAGAAAAUGGAAUCCCUGUGGAGGAUGUGGAGCUUAGUAAAGCAGCUGAAUCUGAAGAAAAGACUUCUGCUGAUAUGGAGUGUGACCCACCAUACCAGUCUGCUACAGAUCCUCAUCAAUCAACAGAUAAGGACAUACGUGAUUUAAGUGAAGAGGAGCAGGUGCAGUAUGUUACUCUUGUGUCACAAGCCAAGGAACAGAUGCUGCAGGGAAAAGCUACAGAGGCCCUGCUGUCAUAUAAACAGGCAGCAGAAGUUUACCCUUCCACUAAACUCCAGGCCAAAAUACAAAAGCUCGAGGGUUUUCUGAAAGAAUCUCAAAGGCCAAAUGGGGAUAGAAAUGUGAGCAUUGUUAGAACUCCAGAAGUGAUCACAAAGAAAACCUCAAACAAAAGACCAUCAGAUAACACACAGCCGGGCACUCUCACUGUGGACCAACAGAGGAAAUAUAAUGAACUGGUGGUGAAGGCCAAAAAGCGAGCGACAGAUGGAAAAAUCAAGGAGGCACUCGAGUGUAACAAACGAGCCUUAGCUAUCUGCUUCAGUGACAAACUGGAAAAGAGAAUACAGAAAAUGGAGUCUUAUCUUGCCAAUGAUGAUGAAGAAGAGGGAGGGAUGGUCCACAUGGGGUCGGGGUUUUUCCUGUACAGGGACCUGGUGAAGAACCUGUACGCUCACCAGAAACAGGGAGUCAGGUGGAUGUGGGAACUUCACCAAAAACGCAAGGGAGGGAUCCUAGGAGAUGACAUGGGGUUGGGUAAGACUAUUCAGGUGAUAAGCUUCCUGUCGGGGCUGUUUGAUAUGGACAAGGUUCAUGCUGUAAUGAUUGUGAUGCCCGUGUCUGUCAUAGGAAACUGGGAAAAAGAAUUUGGAAAAUGGGCACCAGGAAUUCAUGUAGAAUUUUACCAUGGAUCAAAGAAAGAAAAAGAGAGAUCAUUAGCAAAGAUCAGGAGAAAAGGCGGUGUAAUGCUGACGUCGUACGGCAUGAUCGUCACCAGCUGGGAGAUGAUGAGUCGGCAGGACGGCCGGCCGUUCAAAUGGGAUUACUUGAUUCUAGAUGAAGGACACAAAAUAAAGAACACCACAAAGACAACGAAAGGAGUCCAUCAAAUUCCUGCCAGUCAUCGAAUCCUGUUGACUGGUACCCCCAUACAGAACAAUCUCAGGGAGAUGUGGUCGUUGUUUGACUUUGUACAUCAAGGGACAUUACUGGGAACAGCAAGAACUUUUAAGAUGGAAUACGAGAAUCCAAUAACCAGGGCCAGAGAGAGGGAUGCAACAGCAAAUGAGAGGACACUAGGGAUGGAGAUGGCUGAGAGCCUGAAGCAGAUUAUCUCCCCUUAUUUUUUAAGGAGGACCAAGGCUGAGGUGAAAGAAGAAGAGGAGAGGGGUGAACUGGAUACUUCUUUAUCCACCAGGAGCCUGAAGAUGCCAUCAAUGACGAGAAAAAAUGAUUUUAUUGUGUGGUUGUAUCUAACACCGGACCAACAGAGGAUAUACAGAGACUUCCUUUCUCUGGAUACCGUCAAAGAGUUACUGAUGACAAAGAAGUCCCCUCUGGUGGCCUUGACUGUUCUGAAGAAAAUCUGUGACCACCCCCGCCUGUUAUCUAGGAGGGCCUGUGCUCAGCUUGGACUGGAUGGAGAACAUGCUUUAGACGACUCUGCACUCGAGUCCGAGGAAGGACACCAAUGUGCAGCCAAUCAGAUCAAAAACAUGCCGGACAACGUCCUAGUUCAAGAGUCGGGGAAGCUGAUCGUCAUCAUGGACCUACUGGACCAGAUGAAGAGGGAAGGUCACCGCUGCCUGGUCUUCUCCCAGUCCCGGAAAAUGCUGGACAUCAUCCAUCAACUUAUCACCAACAGAGGACAUAAAGUCAUGCGGCUAGACGGAACCGUUACUCAGCUGAGUGAGAGAGACAAGAGAAUUGCCACAUUUCAGGGGGACAGGAGUUACUCAGUCUUCUUGCUGACAACUCAGGUGGGAGGUGUUGGUCUGACCCUAACAGCAGCCGACCGAGUCAUCAUUUAUGACCCUAGUUGGAAUCCUGCCACGGAUGCCCAGGCUGUGGACCGAGUCUUCAGAAUUGGUCAAGAUAAAAAUGUGGUCAUCUAUCGCCUUAUUACUUGUGGCACUGUGGAGGAGAAAAUCUACCGAAGACAGAUAUUUAAAGACUCUAUAACACGCCAGACCACGGGAAACUCAAAAAAUCCCUACAGGUACUUCACAAAGCAAGAGCUGAGAGAGUUAUUUACCCUGGACAAUUCACGGGUCUCUAAAACCCAGCAACAGCUGGAGGAAAUGCACAGCCAUCAGAGAAACACUGACUCCUCACUGGACUCUCAUAUCGCCUUCCUGUACUCACUGGAUAUAUUUGGUAUCAGUGACCAUGACUUGAUGUUUACUCAAGAAAAGUGUGAUAUGGAGGACAAUGGAGAAGCAGAAGUUGACCAUGGGACAGAUUACAUACAACACAGAGUGCAAAAGGCAAAGGAAUUGCUUCAGAUGGAGUCUGAUUUAACCCAAGAUUUUGAGCAGAGGGCUGGGAAAUACCAAAGAAAUAUCCCAACUGGACCAGAAGGGUCAGGGAUAGAAAAACCAUUUUCCCGCCCCUGGACAGACUGGAACCUGCAAGGGUCUAUCAGCACACAGGAGGAAGAGGUCAAGGACAUGCAAGAGAUUGACCUUGAUGCAGAGGAUAUUGACAAGGAUGAGGAAGAUGAAGAAGAGGAAGUGAUGACCGAAGCAUUGGAAACCAGUCAUAUUGACCUUGUGACCCCAGAGCCUACACCAGUCAAAGUCACUGGGGUGGUAGACCUGCUUGAAUCACCUACUAAACCUUGUGUGAAAGUGAAGAUGGAACCCGGAUCUCCUAGGAGUGCCAUUAAAAGUGAAAAUGACAAUCCUGAGAUCCCAAUGGAAGUACAAAGUCCAGCUGAACAAUUACAGAAGAUGGAAGAAUCAUUUGAGGAAAAUCUUUCCACCAUUACUGGCCUCCAAAACUCCCCUGUCCCCAAUGAAGCCAAUGUAGAUGUGUUGGAAUCUGAUGGUGAAGAAGUUGUGCAUAAAGAAGAAGUGAGUAGAGUUACUCCACCCAAGGAGUCCAGAGAAAUGGAGAAGAAAAGGAUGGAUUCAGAGGAUGAAGAAGAUAAAGAAAACAUUCCUCUUUCACAAAUUAUUGCUUCAGCCAAAAGGUCGUCUGAUGAAUUCAAACUGAACCGAUCGACUGAUGGUCUGCUUAGGUCUCCUCUAGUUCCCAUUAUCAUUUCCCCAGUAAUGACUGGUUCUCCUGCUAAAAAGAAACCCAGACGGAGUGUUUCCCAAAGUCCAUGGCUGAAACAGUCUCCAGAAACAAAGAUGGAAAAAGUUGUCCAAGAUGAAGAAGUAUUUAUAUCACCAGAUGGAUCUAGACCACUCAUGGGAACCAAAUCAAAACUAAAUUCUGACAGGUUCAGAAGCAGAACCAACUUGAAUUCCACUAUAUUUUCUGCUUUUUCUGACAGUCCUCAAGUAUUAGAUUCACCCUUAGGGAUAAAGAGGAUUGGAUCAAGUUUACAAGACACUCUAGUGGAGGAAUCUCCAGACCGACUUCAUUGUAUGUCAGGACUAGAGCGAAGUGUUGUGCCAAAUUCUGUACAGAACACGCCUGAUGUUAGUCUUUCUGCCAGUGACAUCUUGAAGCAUGAUAGUAUGGGUAUAGGAGAGACAGAUGAAGAAUCAACUCCUGCCAAGUCUGUGUCCAUUUCUAAAUCAGAGAGUGUAGUUGAAUCCAUAUUGAGUGAUGAGGAAAAGAAUGUUAGUAACUCUGAUGAUGAUAUGCCUUUAAAUAAUCAACCAAAAUUAGAGAUGGAGUCGGAUGACAAUAUGGCUUUGAUUAACCAAUCAAAAAUAGAGAUAGAAUCAGAUGAUGAUUUGUCUAUGAAUAACCAAUCAAAAAUAGAGAUAGAAUCAAAGGAUGGUUUGUCUAUAAAUAACCAAUCAAAAAUAGAGAUAGAAUCAGAUGAUGAUUUGUCUAUAAAUAAUGAAUCAAAAAUAGAGAUAGAAUCAGAUGAUAAUUUGGCAACAUUCCAUUUAAAAAAGAAACCUUCAAAAAAAGCUAUUAUUGAAAGUGAUUCUGAAAGUGACAACACUGACAUUAACUCUGAGGAGGAUGCUCCAAGAGGUGUUACUGAAGAAAAUGGAAAGAAGAGGAAAUCUGAUGAAUCCAGUAGCCUUCCUCAGUCAAAAUAUGUAAUGCUGUCUAGCUCUGACAAUGAACAAUCUGAGGAUCAGGAGGACAUGGGAAGUCUGGGGUCAGGGAAGGAGGAGGAGACAGCCAUAGACUUUGAGAUGGAUAGUGAGGAUGAAGAUUUACAAACUCUUUCAGAAGAUUUAAAAGAGAUGUACCAGGUCACCUUGAAGAAAGCAAAGGAAUUCUACAGAUCUAGUAAAUAUGAGGAGUGUUUAGCCAACAUUUUACAAGCCUUAGAAAUCUACCCAGAAAACACUGCACUCCAGGCAUUUGCUCUCCAAGUACAUUCCAAGAUGGAAGGAUAGAAUCCUCACUUAACUUUUUAUAAGGAUUAUGCCAAGAAUUGACUGUUUAUAAUUUUACCUUGAUAUUCUCUUGCUGUGAUGAUCAUGUGACCUAUACAUAAUGUAGUAUAAUCUUGCAUGCAUUAUUAAGUUUUAAUUAAUUUCUUCAGUUCUUCAGCAUUUAUCUUAAUGCCUGUGUCUUCUGCUGCUGGUGGAUAAUUUUAUUUUGUUCUGUAGAGAGCACUGCAGACAUUUUUUUUUUUACUAUGUAAAAAUGUCAUUUAUCCCAAGAUUCAUUUCAAAUGUGUGUGUCUGUAUGUCAAAACAAUUUACAGUUGUAGAACAGAGUGAACUUUAAUAGAACUGUCUUUGAGUGAAUAAAUGGAUGAUGUACACAUAGUAUGAAUAUCUGUUCAUUAUUAAAACUGCAAGAGGUAC